AUGAAAAUAAAAACACUCAACUAUACAGAAAUGGGUAAUCGAUUUAGUUGCAAGACGAAGAACAAUAGUAACGGGUCAAAGAGUAGUAGGAGAUUCGGUGGGGGGAAUCGAUCACAGAGGAAAUUGCAAUCAGAUGAGGAGUUAUUACACAUGCAAGCUUUGUCUCUUGCAAUUCAACACCAUCAAUCGUCUCAGCGAUUCGAUGGUUCUUUGUCUAGACGAAUUGGAUCCACCAGUUCUCGCCGCCGCAAUAACCCCAUCUCGGAUCCGACCUUGACUAACCCCAAACAGCAAAAACAGUCACCAGAAUUCUUGGAGAAUCUUGAAACGAAGAAAAUUGUUUUGAUACAUGGAGAAGGAUUUGGAGCAUGGUGUUGGUAUAAAACCAUUGCUCUUCUAGAAGAAUCCGGAAUGCUUCCUACUGCAUUAGAUCUUACUGGAUCCGGUAUUGAUUUGAAGGACACAAACAAUGUCACUACACUUGAAGACUAUUCAAAACCACUAACUGAUUAUUUGCAAAAUUUACCCGAAGAUGAAAAGGUAAUUUUAGUGGGACAUAGUAGUGGAGGUGCUUGUGUUUCAUAUGCAUUAGAGCAUUUUCAAGAUAAGAUUUCUAAAGCAAUCUUUUUAUGUGGGACAAUGGUAGCCGAUGGACAAAAACCCUUUGAUGUUUUUGCUGAAGAGCUUGGAUCUGCAGAGCUGUUUAUGAAGGAAUCCAAGUUCUUGAUACAUGGAAAUGGGAAAGACAAUCCAGCAACUGGAUUCAUGUUUGAGAAGCAACAAAUGCGUGGAUUGUAUUUCAAUCAGUCACCUGCAAAAGAUAUAGCUCUGGCUAUGGUUUCAGUGAGACCGAUCCCACUGGGACCCAUAAUGCAGAACCUGUCACUAUCAAAAGAGAAAUAUGGAAAGGGGCGUAGGUUUUAUGUUCAAACACUUGAUGAUCAUGCCCUUUCACCAGAUAUUCAAGAAAAGCUUGUAAGAGAAAAUCCACCAGAAGUCACUGCACAAAAUUUUGCUGGAGAUAGCUCAAAUUGCAUAGCCAGAUGGGUGCCCGCCAGACGCCUCUUCGCUCAGCAGCUUACAGCCGAACUAAACCAUCUUCAUCGUAGUUGUUAA